AAGAGUUUCAUUUUUGAAUCAUAAGGACAGUAAGAACAGGCGAGAGGAUGGGAGAAAGAGAGGACAAAAGUGACAAGGGCAUGGAAGAAAGGCAAGACAGGAUACAGCCGCAGUCUAGCCGUCAAGGUUUGGACCUUUAUCUUGGCUGUUUAAACAAAAAACAGCUGAUAAUAAUAUCUGUGGCUGCUGGACUUGUUCUCCUUGUGAUUACCAUUACUCUCGCUGCUGUGCUCACCAAAAAGUCAGCUCAUCCCUCAUUUUCAACUGGUGGAGACAUGCUGGACUUCCUGGUUCAGUCGGGUGAUAUCAGCAAACCUGAUGGUCUGUUGGCUACCUGGUUUCACCGAGCCAAUAGCAAGGAGGAAAUGAACAAAGCCCUCACAAGUGACGCUAUGAUCCUAGAGGCUGAUGUCACUCUUGAGGGUUAUGGAACACCCAGUGAGAAGCCAAUCCCUAUCAUGGCCCACCCUCCUGCCAUCUAUAGUGACAACACUCUGGACCAAUGGCUGGAUGCUGUGCUGGAAUCUCGAAAAGGCAUGAAGUUGGAUUUUAAGUCUCUGAGAUCAGUAGGUUUGUCACUGGACCUGCUUAUUCAAAAGAACAGUAGUAGAGGAAUAAACAGGCCUGUUUGGCUUAAUGCAGACAUCCUCCAAGGUCCCAACGUACCAGACUUUGUGCCUCCAAUCAAUGGAACCAGACUUCUGCAGUUGAUUGAGGAGAAGUUUCCAGAUGUGACUUUGUCUCCUGGAUGGAGGGUGGGCUAUUUUCCUCCGCAUAAUGUUGAGACCUACACCAGGUCCAUGGUGGAGGAGAUGUACAAUAUGAUCAAAGAUGUCCCUCAAAAGGUGACAUUCCCAGUCCAUGCCCUGUUGGUUCGCAGCGGCUGGCAGCACAUCAGCUGGAUCCUGAGCCAGUCACCACGGUUCAGUCUGACAUUGUGGCAGGGUUCAAUUCACCCAAACAUCACUGAUCUUCUGUUCAUUCGUGAGAACACCUACCCUACCAGAGUCUACUAUGAUAUAUAUGAACCAACACUGUCUGCAUUCAAAGAGGCUGCAAGGCACCAGGGACUUCUGAGAAGAUUCUAUCCUGGAGGAAACCUGAUGGACUUCCUCUAUCCGGGUCACAACUCAGAUGCUGACGUUCUGUCCACAGCCACACAACACAACAGCCUUGCAGUCCAUUGGCUGAGAGUCACUGACAAGACCUCCUUAUUGGCUCAGUUUUCAGAAGGUGAUGGUGGUAUGCUGGUGGUUCAGGUGGCCUCUGACAGCAGCCGACUUGGAGUCCCUCUGGUGGAAGGUUCUGGAAAGAGCUCAGAGGCCUUCACACUGCAGGACUUCCUGCAGCUGCUUGGGCAGAGAGCUGAUGUUCCCUGGGGUGUUUACCUGCGGAUCCACACGCACCAGCUUCUUGAAGCUUCCCUCAAGCUGCUGCACUCAGCCUACAAUAGAGAGAAGCUCUACAGACCUAUCUGGAUCAGCAUGGAGGAUUUACAGGGCACUGACAAUGUUGAGAAGUUUGUAUCCACAGUAGAGAGGUUGUUCCCUUACAUUACCAUCGUCCUGACAGAGCAGAACAGGCCUCCUCUGACCCCAGCAACAGGCUUGUCUCAAAGGUUGGCCCUACAUCUGAAAACAGCAUCACUGCCAAAAGGACAAGAGGCGUUAAACUCUCUAAUGGGAAUGAUGUACACAUAUGACCUAAUUGUGGAGGAGGACACAAAAAGCAGUGCUGGAGCUCUCGCAUCCUUCAAAGGACUUAUGACCCAGCGUACAGGGAGAGCAAACACAAACCUGUAUGUGAUGUCUGAUCAGUCCUAACUGAGUAUAGAUAUGACCAACCCAGAAUUACAGCAUUUAAAAGGAUAAUUGUGUCAUACAGCUACCUCUUAAUUUAAUGUGAAUUGACAUAACUAUGGGACAUUGACUCAACAGCUCUACACACUGUUAAUCAUCGGAAGGCUAAUGUUAUCAGCAGAUACUGGCUAUUUACUCAUCUAUCAGUGUAUCCGAUGAUGGAUAUCAGUAAGAAAUGAUUGUACAUAAAUGAGAGUGCUUGAGAUGUCUUGUAUUCCAUUGAAAUGAAAUUAAAUGUAGGAUGUGACUUGUACAUGUAUAAUAAUAUCUUUCAUACCUCUCAAUUUAUGAAAGAAAGAGAAGUGUGUUGAUGGCAAUACAUCAACUAGUUGUAAUUUAGUCUGAACCAUAAAUGUCAACCUCAUCAUGGUGCUAGAGGAGAAGUCCGGGGAUCACCAAAGUCAAUAGGACUGACCAUGAAUGUCUAUAAAGGAUUGCACUAAAAGCAGUUGCCAAGACAUUUCAGUCCGAACCAAAGCAAUGACCACUGUUGCCAUCCCUAGAGCCACUGGCAUGGCUAAAAUAACGGUGCAGAAUCUGUUAGCAGGUUUAGGUUCAGCUAUAAAAUACCUCACUUCCAGCAGCCUACAUAAUUUUGUUGCAGCUGUUUGAUGCCAGAACAGAAGCUGGCAUGCUAAAUCUAUUAGCCUACAUAGUUAACUAUGCCUAUCCCUAUGUUCCCAUGGUCCUGUGUUCCCAAGAUUUAAAUGGAACAUAAUGGGGAAUGACAAAGGGUCUUAUGAUCCCCAGGAUCAUACGAUCCCCUGAUUUAUAUGACAAAGGUUCUUAUGUUCCCAGGGCCCAAAGUUCCUAGGUUCUACAUUAGUGCUCUCCCAGAAUUACACGUCCCCUAGAUCCUGUGUUUCCCAGGGUCCUACGUUCUCCUAAUUUAUGACAAUCGUAUGUCCCCAGGGUCCAAAGUUCCCAAAUUCUACAUUAGUGCUCUCCCAGAAUUAUAUGUUCCCAACGCCCUGUGUUUCCCAAGGUCCUACCCUUCCCCAGAUUUAUAUAGCAAAGGGUCUUAUGUUCCCAGGGUCCGAAGUUCCCAAGUUCUACAUUAUUGCUCUCCUAGAAUUAUAUGUCCCUGACGUCCUGUGUUUCCCAGAGUCCUAUGUUCUCCAGAUUUAUACGACAAAGGGUCUUAUGUUCCCAUAAUCCGAAGUUCCCAAGCUCUACACAGGGUUAUAUGUUCUCAGGGUCCUAUGUUCCGCAGCUCAAUAUAGCACAUGAUGGGAACCUGAAAUAUGAUGAAUAGGGGCAUAAGUCAACCAAUUCAUUAAAAUAAAAGAGACAGCAUUUAAAAAGGGAAAAAAAACAUUAUUAAACAUUUAGCAUUAGGUAAACAUAAUAAGAUUAUGAAAAAGCUUUAAGGUAAGGUUAGUUUAUUUCUGAAAUAUUUAACAUGAAACAGGUCAAAUGUGACCCAAACACAACAACAGGGUUAAUGUAUGUAAACAGAAUAUUAAACUUGGAUACAUGGGAGCCUAGGAGCAUAUGACCUGAGAAUCAUAGGAUUCUAGGAACAUAGCUAUGCUCCCAUGGGACUUUCAGGAUCGCACUUCCAAUCGUGUGGUUUGGUCCUGAGUAAAACUUGACAAUUAAUGAUUCCCCAAACCUUUCCUCCAAUACCACAAGGAGGCUGACCUUUUUGUUUCAGUGACGUCUGUCUAUGACUGAACAGCUCUCCAUUGUAAAGACAUUCAUUAUCCUCCCAGAAGGAACUGUAAUCACUUUGGUGAUAUCAAAUCUCACAAGGGACUUUAGGACAUAAUUUAUGUUUCUGCUUGCACCAUCAUGCCACAAAAAAACGAGAAAUAGUGCCACACAAGUCUCUUUCUUGCUCAUAAAUGAAUAAAUCCCUUUGAUACACGAUACAAAAAAAGGUUCCUGUGACACAAUCCACUUGCCAAUUUUAACAUUUAGACAUCAACUUUGACUCAUCUUAAUUGGUUUUCUUUACAGUGAGCAUUACACCCUUACAGAGCUAGCAUGUCUGUAGACUAACUGUUUAUACUGUGCUACUGUCUCUCUCAAAAUAUUUAGAUUCAACCAAAUUUUAUUACUAAUUCUUUAUCACCUCAACUCCGACCGUGGCAAUGUCAGUCAGUUGGUUGGUCAGUAGACCACUUUGGUCCAGACUGAAGUGUCUCAGCAGUGUGGCAUACUGCAGUUGUGUAAUUGUAUUUUGUUGUGUCAUUUACAGUUGAAUUCUGAUUGUACAGACAUAGCAAACAUAUUUUUUUAAAAACACUUUAUUAAAAUUCCUAUAAAAGCAUUUAAUGAAACAUCAAUGUUUUUAUCAAAAGACAGAUGUUACCUUGUGCUAAUUCUAGACAGAAAAUGGGAACAAUUCUCUCACCACUUAAUGCCACUCUUAGUGUUUCUAAAAAUGAACCCUGCAUUUCCUAUAAACCCCAUACUUGGUUAGAUUUACAAAUUUGGUUACAGUUAGAUUUGCCAAACCAAGAUGAUUAACUUACGACUGGUGACACAGAUUACAGUGUUAUAUUUGUGUCCAAACAAAAUAAUUCAUAGUGCAUGAGCCUUUAUUUUGAAAUCAGUGCUGUGUACACUAUGUACUUGCUUUAUUAGUACACUUCCAUAUAGUACAUUAUGUACUUGCAUAGUGCAUGAAUUUCUACAGGAUAGUGUUGAUUCAUAUCGAACAUGGCUGUUGGCACUUAUCAGAAAUGACAAUCUCAACGUUUGAACACUUCUAUGUAAUGGCAAACUGUAAAUAGACAGAGCAUUACCACCAACAUUUGACCACGACUGUCACCCACGUAAAUAUCUGCCAGUUUCUCUGCUUAUUCACUGGAACAACUGCAGCUUCCUAGGCCACCAUUUUCACAAGUUUGGUGGCCACUCCCUUGUGCUCAAAGCCGAGAUGGCAAUCAAAUGAUGGUGGGAGUCCAGCGUUCCACUCUCAACUUUUUGAUCAAUAUUAAUAUAGGGUAUAGUACUCACAGUGCACUGCAUUUUGCCAUGCUUGUCAGUGUGAAUGCACUUAUGCGCUCAAAAUACCAAGUGUACGUAUGGAAAAUUGCAAAUCCAGACAGCACAGGUCUAUGUUUUGCAUCGGACUCUGGUUAAAUAUUGUGUCUAUGUGAGUGUCUGAGACAGUUUUUUUCCAUGCUCACUUUGAUCUUAGAUUUUCUAUAUUAACACCUUUGUUUAAAGGUCCAGUGUGGAGGAUUUAGGGUGAUAUAUUGGCAGAAAUUAAAUCUAAUAUUAUACUUUUGUUUUCUUUCGUGUAUAAUCACCUGAAAGUAAGAACUGUUGUGUUUUCGUAACCUUAGAGUGAGCCAUUUAUAUCUACAUUGGGAGCUGGUCCUUGUCUACGGAGAUCACCGUGUUGCACUACCAUGUUUCUACAGUAACCCAGAACGGACAAAUCAAACACUGGCUCUAGAUAGUGCUAUUCACAUUUUGCAUCAGCUACCGUAGUCAGCAGCCCUUCCACAAUGACAGCGCAGAAAAACACUGAUUUGUAAUGUAAAACAGCAUUAGUCAGUGUUUUUUUUACUGGUUUAUAUAACCAGAGGCCUGUACUACGAAGCCAGUUCAACUUACCCUAGAUAUCUUUUUGUUAUCUGGUUUGACUACCCCUAACAUUGUCCGACUGGAUAACCGGUACUACAAAGCUGGUUAUCAAGUAGUUCAGUCAACUCUGGGUUUCCCUUUCCAGCCAUGAGCGCUUUCAUGUGAAAGAGACAGGGCUGUUAAUUUCAAGCGACAUCAUCAGAACCAUGAAUGAAGUAGGGUGCUUCACAUGAUAUGAGAUGAAACGGUACUGAAAGUGUCUGCGACUGCAAGACAGUAAAAUCUUAAUGUAAACAAUGCUCUGUAAUCUUAUAAUGGAAAAUGUAGAAAUAUUGAAAAUACUAUCCAAAAAUACACCAUUAGCCAAGACUUAAUUUACAUAUAGGUAUAUCUAGGCUAUAUGUGACAUUGAUAUGUUAUUUAUUUAUUUAGCCUAGUAUUAGUAUUAGAGUAUUUUGAUAUGUCACAUAAAACACUUUAAAUUAAUGUCAGACUGUUUAUGCUACUGAAGUAAAGGGUUGAAAAGUAGCCAAGUUAAUGUCUGAUGAGGUCUAUCUGACCCAAAUGUUGCAUUUAUAAUAACUGGAGCCAAUUAACUGUGUGUGGAUUAUGUCACUAAUAAAAGAUUGUCUUUCUCUCCCUAGUUCUCACAACAAGGUGUGUCAAGUUAUUUUGAGCUGCAGUGAUGGAAUCAGAGUGUAAAAUAUCAACACUAUCACUGUGGACUAAAAUAAACUUUGCAUGAGUAAAAAUCAUGUGUUUAGUGUUGUAAAGGAUCUCUGUGUUUGUUAGAAGCUCUGUUUUAAAACAAGUGGAAAUAGAGCCCUGGAACAAUGAAAUUAUUCUACUGACCUAUAACAAUAUAUAGGUUACUCUUUUUUACCUGAGACUCCAGACUUGUAUCCAUAGAUACUUUUUUCUUCAGUGAUCUGAUUGGUCAGAGGUCGGGAUGUUGACAAGCUGUGAUCAGAAAGUCUGAACUUAACCUGCUCCGGAGCAGGUUAGCUGUUCAGCGUAAGUGAUUCAUCCCGUUAA